CUUGCCGGGGUCGGUGCGGGCCCCGGCCCCGCCCCCCCUUCCCCGGUGCCUGGCAGCGGCGGCCUGAGGAGACGGUGAGGGGGGUUGUGGCGGCGGCGGCGGCGUCUGGCUCCCUGCGCGCGCGGCCAGGGCCCGCCCCAGCCCCAGCCUCGGGCACGGCGCCGGCGGGGGUGAGGGGAGCAGCGCGGGCCCGGCGGAGGCGGAAUCUGUGAAAAGGACAAUGUGAGCUACUACCUUCAGGCAUCCUGAGAAGUUGGUGUUGGGAGGAAGGAGCCUAGACUGCUUUGCUGUUCAGUCAGCAGAAUUUCUGACGACUCUAGCUCCCAUUUGCCGUCCAUACCAGAUAUUUGCCAUUUCCUGUUUGAUACAAGACGGCAGCUGUCAGCCACAUUAUUCAAGGGAGAGGACUAUUUUUUCCCCUCACAUAAUUAAUUGCCCAUAAAAACAAAUACGCAGGGAUGUCUAAGAAACAAAAUCAGAAAGAGCCAACAGGGUUCAUUUUUGAUGUGCAGUCCAACACUGUGAUGGCCCAAGGAGGAACCUUUGAAAACAUGAAGGAGAAGAUCAGUGCAGUGCGUGCGGUGGUCCCCAACAGGAGCAACAAUGAAAUCAUCCUGGUGCUACAGCACUUUGAUAACUGUGUGGAUAGAACAGUGCAGGCCUUUAUGGAAGGCAAUGCCAGCGAAGUAUUGAAAGAAUGGACAAUAACAGGCAAGAAAAAGAACAAAAAGAAGAAAACGAAACCCAAACCUCCAGCUGAAGCAAGCCCGGGCCUCCCAGAUCCUGGUAAACUGACAGCCACCGAAGGGGAACAGUCUGCAGCUUCCUCUGAGAAGGGCGGGAUUAAUGGUUACCAUGUCAAUGGCUCGGCCAAUGAUACGGAGUCCGUGGACUCGCUCAGUGAAGGCUUGGAUACGCUUUCAAUAGAUGCCAGAGAGUUAGAGGAUUGUGAAUCUGCCACACCUGACAUGCCCGAUGGAACAGUGUCUGAGCUAGACAGUGGAAUAGUGGACUUUGAGCCAAAGUCACCCGUAAUGCACUCUUCCCAGAAUGCUCCGUCUGUCAGGCCGCAGCCAGAGCAGAGGAAUGCCAGCAAGUCUCUGUCUAGGUCCACGGCAAGCAAUCAGACGUCUACUUCCUUGUCUCCAGCGAUGCUGGAAGAUGUUCCGGUUUCUUCUUCAAACAAGAAGUUAGGUUCAAAUAUUGAAAAAUCCGUGAAGGACCUUCAGCGUUGCACAGUCUCCUUGGCACGGUAUCGGGUUGUGGUUAAAGAGGAGAUGGAUGCCUCCAUUAAGAAAAUGAAGCAGGCCUUUGCUGAACUGCAGAGUUGCCUCAUGGAUCGAGAGGUAGCGCUGCUGGCCGAAAUGGACAAAGUGAAAGCAGAAGCAAUGGAAAUCCUGGUCAGCCGACAAAAGAAAGCUGGGGCGCUAAAGAAGAUGACUGAUGUUGCCGUGCGCAUGUCAGAGGAGCAGUUGGUAGAGCUUAGAGCUGACAUAAAGCACUUUGUCAGUGAACGCAAAUAUGAUGAAGACCUGGGCAGAGUGGCACGAUUCACCUGUGACCUGGACGCAGUAAAGAAGAGCAUCAGCUCAUUUGGGCAAGUGUCCCAUCCAAAGAACAGUUACUCAACCAGAUCACGGUGCAGCUCCGUCACGUCCGUGUCCUUGAGCCCGGGCGAUCCCUCCACCCUGGAGUGUGCCUCUGCUCCCAGCCUUCCCCCAGCAAGCAGGAAGCCCCUGUCCUUGGCAGAAACACCUGCAGCUGGAGCCGGCGCCGGCAGCCAUCCAUGCCAGCCUCCCCGAGAGGUCUUCCAGGGUAACAGGAGACAAGGCCAGGGCUACCGGCCCCAAGGCCAGCGCCAUAACGGCCCCUGCAAUCCAGGAAGACACGACAGUAUGAACCGGUACAGAAAUGGGCCUUGGUAUCAGUCUGGUUCCAGGUCUCAGAAUUCCCAGUUUCGACCUCCAGGGAUUGCUACUGACCGUGGCCAGACUCAUUCCACAGGAACCAGUGGAACUGGCGCCACCUCCCUGGCGAGCCCGCCUGUCCCCUCAGCACAGGUGCAUCCAGCUGCACCCAGCACAGACACCAAGGGGCUCCCACAGCGCAAGCCAAGGUCAAGCCAGCCUGAAGAGGCAGAUUCCUGAGAGGCUCCAGAUCUCCAUUCCCUCCAGAGAUUCGGCUUGGUACCUGGACUGUAGGACACUCCUAGCUAGACCUAUUAACAAAGGAACGUUUACACUCCUCUCUUGUGCCACGUUUUUCUCUCCUCCCUUGUGCGUUUCCUUCGUUUUCUUCUCUUUGUGGAAGCUACUUAAUGCGUCUCCAUACGCGCUACUGCCAUGUGAUGGGUUCAUGCUUUACCGGGAGCGCACUUUGCUGCUGCCAGAGCUGCGGCUUCCCCUGGGAACUCCAAGGAUCUCGAUGGCUCCUUUUCCUUCAGAGUUAUCCACGGAACCCCCGGCAGAAUCCGAGCCAAAAAUACCCUCCCAGUUGUGGGCCUUGGUGAGGCAACCUGUGGGCGGAGCCCCAGCCAGCUCUCACUGGUAACAGCACACGGUUCAUGCUGGCAAUGAAGAGGGUCGCUGUGAAAUGUGAGUGCUGGGGCUUUAACUAGGGUAGUUGUCAGAUUGGAGGGAGCCAUACGGAAUCUGUCUCAUUUUCCUUGGAGCUAAUCUGAAUCCCAGCAGUAGCCCAGGCUGAAACUGGUCACCCGAGUCCCAAACCCUUGUUAUCGGGACCCUUCAGUGGAGCCAAGCAGCAGUGGUAAAGGCCCACGCAUAUUUCCUGUACACAUUUAGAUGUUCCCUAUUUUUAAUGUUUCAGGGGGGAGGUUUCUUUAUUUUAUUCCCCCCUGCCCGUCCCUACCCCAUCUUGUCCCUAAACUAAAUUGCUAACCAUAACAAUUAGCAGUGCUAACCCUGGGUAACACCAGUCAGAUUGCUCACAGCCUUCUUGGUAGUUGUACAAAUAAAGACGAUGCUGACGAUGGACAUGUU